CCACUGCCCCCGGUUAGCGUGCCACCGCACGUCUGCAUCAACGACACGCUGAUCGACACGGACGAUCUGAACGACGAUCUGUUUCUGGGCAAUUGCGAGCGGUUCUCGAGCGGGGACAGCGUAUAGCGAUGAGUGUCCUUACCGGGCGCGGUACUGCCAAACGGUCCCGGGACCGCCCGCAAGCCCGCCCGGCCCUGCCGGUGCGCGUGCCAGCUAUGCCGGCACUUUCUGGAGGCGCGGGACUGCUGCUCCUUCUACUACCACUACGAUCCGUGCGACUCGUGUUGCCUGCUGCUAGCGCUGCUCUGCAUACCGGGCACCAAGCUGGAUCGCGGCUCGGUUUGGGGGCCACCCGAAACGAUACUAACCGUAGCUAAAUGAAAUAUUCACAACCGACGCACGAGAGAGAGAGAGCACGGGAUACGCCCCCGUUCACACGCAAACCCACACACACACACACGCGCAAGAUUUCAUAAUACUUAACCUAGGUCAGGCACUCGGGAUGGGGGUGAUGUAGAAAAAGCCUCCGCGCGAGCUCGACCGAGACGAAACAGCGACUGCAAUACGCCGGGUGAAUUAACGAGCCAGCCUGGGCCAGCGGCAAGGAAGCGCCAGGCGCGAAAGGACUAGACGAAACACUAGCCAGGUGGCGAUCAGUUCUCGCCCAAGCCGCCAUAUACGACGAGGGCGCUUCGAGACCUCUUCGGAUUCCUCGCCCUACGGGACGGGGAGAGAGUGACGGUGCGGUAACAUUAGAAAGGGAGGUAGGAGCGUUAGGAAAAAAGAAAAAGAGAAAGAAGAAACGGGAAGUAAGUGACGCGCUGCUGAGAGGGAGCGGGGAAAGCACGCGAGAUGGGCGAGUUUUUAUUUGUAGGUUCAUUUUAUACGAAAGCCAAUACCGGUAACUAAACGAGAAGUAAGUAACCACAGUAAAACCCUUUUUAACAAUAUUUCACUCUAGCAAAACAAAGCAAAACGAGAAAAAAAGACGACGGAUAGCGACCGGAGGCGCGAGAGAGCAACCAAAAAAAAAAAAGCAAACAAAGAAUAAACAGUAUAACAUGUGUAUGUGAACAUAAACUAAUAAACGUACUAAUAAAAAAAAA